CUUUAUCACGAAAGCGGUGCUAUUAUACGAGUAGACGAACAGGUUAUUCCAGUUUGACCGUCAGGAAGGAAAGCAGCAAUUGUUUUUGAAUGGAAUCCAUGUAAUCCAAAUUGCCUCAGACAGCACUAAGUAUCAUUACAUAGAGAGCAUCUAAAAGUGAGACUCACUUUUCCAAGUGCCACUGCAGUGCUAUGUCUUCCAACCUACUGGCAUACAUUUUCAGCUGGAGAUUACAACGUCUAUGGCAGGUGGAUAGGCAGAACAAAGGACCAAUUAUGUUAACCAAUUUUUUUUUGUUUUUAUUUGUUCUGUUUCAGAAAAAAAUUGCUGACUGCAGAACUGAACCCAGCGUACCGAUCGAACCUGACAGUUGACGAAAAAGCUGCUGCGCCAAUCGGUUCAAAGAUCACCCGAAAGUUGCCUGUCUCUCUUUAACCCGUAUGUCGGCCUUAUCGGAUGUUUCCUGUCAAGUGUCGCCCCAGAUGUUGGACAAAACAACCGCGGCUUAUAAAACAACAUUAGCAUCGGGAAAUGUGGCGCUACGUCGAGCAUCGAUGACACCAAUCGUCUAAUAAAAUCCGAUCCUCUGUUCCAGCUGUACUCGUGUGACCCUUUCGCAAUUGGCCAUAUGUGAGUUUGAACUGCCCUCUCGGUGAAUGAGUCUAUCACGUGGAUAUCAAUGACGAUCAACAAGAGAGUCGACAAUCCUCCAUUCCGUCCUUGAGGAACUCUUGUAAUCAUUUGGGUACAUGUUAACAGAUCAGCAGGGGUCAAAAUGUUAUUGGACUUGCCAUCACAUCCUGACGUGUUUCUCCCCCCCAGUGAUGAACUGAGUUGUGUUGAUUAAAAAAAAAAAAUCAAAAAUCAACACCCAAUUUUGGAAAAAAGAAAUUUGUUCAGUAUGCUGAUGCGACAUCAUCGCCAUUAUCAGCCGGAAUCAUCGGAUUAUUAUUCGUCGUUGACUGCCGCUGCAGCCGCUGGUGCUACCAGUCCAUCAUUGUCAUUGGGGAUCAUCUCAUCAUCGCUAGAGAAAAUGCCACUGGAAUUGAGACUGAGGAGGUCGGGUACUUUGGAUGAAUACGAGAGGGCCGGCGCGCUGGAUGAGGAGCUGUCGCCAAAGACGGAAUGCAGCGAGGACAGCGUCGAAAUUCGAUCGAGCCCGACGCGGAUCGGCCCCAUCAAGAGGCCAGUCAUUUUACGACCGAGCGCCAUUUUAGCCGCGCAUGCGCCGCAUCCGCCGUUGAAACGGCCCUGCAACAACAGCAACAGCCAAGACGGCCAUAGUCGAAUGUCGCAUUGGAGCGAUGUGCAUCAACAGCCGCAAGAGAAGCGAAUGCGGCUAAUGGCCGGCGGCAGUCAUCCGCCGCUGUUGGCACCUUUCUAUCAUGCGGCAUCUGUUGAGCAUCAGCGGCAAAACGGGCUGAAAUUAGCCGGCCAUCCGCACGAUUUUCUUUUGCUGGAAGCCGAGAGGAGCCGGCUGUUCCAUCAUUGGAUGAGACCCGAAAACUGGCCUCCAGCCGUCAGCCAUCCGCCGGUGGAAAGUGCUGCCGCCCAUCAUCUGAUGACGUCGGCGCUCCAUUACCACUAUCCGCAUCUGCUCCAGCCGGGCGGCGGCUACUCUCUGCCGCUGCCUCCGCAUCAUCCGUUCCUGCAUCCGGCGCCGACUGCGGCCGCUGCUGCUGCCGCCGCCGCCGCUGCCGCCGCCUCCAUUUUUAAUUUAUCCUACGGCCAUUUGUUACCUCAGCCGAUGUUUCAUCAACGUCCCACCUUGUUUUCGCCUCCGUCAUCCGUCAGCGGAGUCAAAACUCUUGGGCCGCCUUCGCCAGUUUGUGCCCCAUCCGUCACUCCUCGGCCUCCUUCCAUGCUCGGACCUCUUCCUGCCCUCGUUCCGCUUCACGACACACCUCCGCCUUCGGAUUGCAGCCGCGAAGAGUCAGCCGCCCAUCCGAUGGCCAACGCUUCCGGCCAAUCUCUGCCGCCGUUGGAGAAGAGGAGGCAAAAAUCGAAGACGAAAUCGAAGACGUCGGACGUCAGCUCGUCGCCCAGUCACCAGCAAAUGCGGACGAGCAAAAAAGACGAGCAGAAAGGCCUUCCGGUGGACGAUUCCGGAAGCGAUGGCAACCGUCCGGACGCCAAUAAAUCGAACUGCACAAGCGGCGUCAAAUCGUCGGUCGGUCCGCUCUUCCUCAGCGUCGAGACGCUGCUGAGACGGGACAAACCGAUGGAGAGUCAUCCGCUCGAGCAGCCGGAAGAAGAGGAAGAAGACGAAGAAGAUGAAGAAGAAGAAGAAGAGAUGCGUCAGCCGGAAUUGGGAGAAGAAGGAGACGAAGAGGAAGAGGCGCAUUGGAGGAGGCGGACGUUGCGCCAUCCUGCGCAUCAUUUUCAGCCGGGCAGAGGGGGCCGAGAGGCGGCCGGAACGACGGCCGGCAGUCACCGGAAUUACAAGAACAUGACGCGAGAGAGGCGGAUGCAGGCCAAUGCCCGCGAGCGCACUCGCGUGCACACCAUCAGCUCGGCGUUCGAGGCCUUGCGGCGGGCCGUCCCCUCCUUUUCGCACGGCCAGCGUCUUUCGAAACUGUCCAUUUUGCGCGUCGCGUCCGCCUACAUUGCCGCCUUGGGCCAGCUGGCCGGCGACGAUAACGACCAAGACGACCGGUGCCAGCAUCGGGGGACCACCAACGCCAACGGCAAUUGUCAAUUGAGCGAGUGCGUUGACCGUUGCACCCGCACGCUCAUGACGGAAGGUCAACUCCUCCGCCGGAAUAGGAAACGCUCGGGCGUGGCCGGUCGUCCGCGGAAUGCCACUGACGACGAAGAUGAUGCAGACGAUUGAAUCGAUUUGUUUUUUUAAAUCAAUUUUAAUAGAAAUUUCUUGUUGUUGUUGUUGUUGUUGUUGUGGUGUACAUAGUGUUGAUAAUAUUUGCAUCUUUUUUUUUUUGGUUUUGUGCAAUCAUGUUCUUUAUGAAAUAUUAUAUUACAUUCGUUUGAAGUUUGA